AUGAAAACCCGAAGUCAGAAGACAAGAAAAGGAGUUGUUAUGUUUCAUGAAGAUACUGGUGUUAAUGACAGUCAACUGCGUACAUUUUGUCUCCCAGGGCCAAACAGGCUGGGCGAGACGGCGCAGGUGCACCUGCGGCAGCCUGACGCCGCGGCCAAGCUGGCGCCGGGCGCCGACGUGACGCUGGUGUGCGCCGUCGAGGGCUCCGACGACGUCUCCUACGACUGGUUCAGCGAAGACCCUGUAGAAGGUGGCAAACGCGGGGAGCGCGGCGACCGCCUGCAGCUGAAGGGGCGCCGCCUGCACCUGCGCAACGCCAGCGCGCAGGACGCCGGCGUUUACCGCUGCCGCGCCAGCAACCGCGCCGGCACCACCAACUCCUCCAGGAACUUCGCGCUCGCCAUCCCGGACGACCGCUUCCCGCUGCUGGUGGAGGCGCCGGGCGACGCGGUGGUGCGGCGCGGGGGCGUGGCGCGCCUGCACUGCGGCUUCCGCGGCGCCGACUUCACCGAGUGGUUCGGCGACGGGGCGGAGCCGCUCGCCAACACCUCCAGGAUCACCGUCUUCUCAAACGGCUCGCUGCACAUCAGUGACGUCGGCCCGGAGGACGAGGGCCUCUACACGUGCGUCGGUGCCAAGGGACAGGAGUCGCAGAGCUACGCGGCUGAGCUACGGAUUGCCUACCUGGAGGCGCUGACGGCGGAGUCGCUGGAGCCGGCGCUGGGCGCGAGCGGCGCGCGCGUGGUGGCGGAGCGCGCGCCCUUCGAGGCCACGUGCCUGGCGCCGCGCGGCGACCCGCCCCCGCGCGUGUGGUGGCGCGACCCGCGCAACCGCACCGUCACCGACGCCGGCGCCGUGCGCGUCGACGACGGCCGCCUGCUGGUGGAGGCCGCGAGCGCGCGCGACCACGCCGGCGCCUACACCUGCGUCGCCGACAACCUCGCCGGCAGCCGCGAGAUCGCGCUCACGCUCGUCGUCGCCACUCAACCUCGUAUAAUAAAUCCACCUACACAAGAUCCACCAUCCGGAGCUGUUUAUGAAGAGGCAAAAGCUGUGUUUCACUGUGAAUAUGAAGCUAUGGAACCACCAAUCUCCACUGUAGAAUGGUUGAAAGAUGGAAUUUUAAUAUCUGAAGACCGCCAUCGUUUCAAAAUUCAGAGAGGAAAAUCAAAUUCCACCUUGGUUAUCAAUGCUGUCACUAUGAGUGAUGAAGGAGUCUAUGCCUGUCAAGUGAAUACAAUAGGAUUUGCUCCUGUAGUCAGUGAAAAUGCCUCCCUCAGUGUCAAAGAGCGCUUAAAAUUCUCUCCAAAACCUGUGAGUAAGAAACUGGAGCUAGGAACUCCAUCAACAGUGUAUUGCCGUGCACAAGGAUCUCAUCCUCCAACCAUCAAAUGGUUUAAAAGUUGCCAGGACACAAAACAGUGCAAAACUUCUGUUGAUCUUCCUUCACACGUGCAAGACAUAAAUGGAACUUUGGAGUUCCGUAAUGUCACCCUUGAGGACCGAGGAAACUACACAUGUAUGGCCACUAACAAACAAGGAUCCAUUUCUGCCACAAUUGACAUUGAUGUCAUUGUGACUCCCAAGUUCAGAGUCCCUCCCCAAAAUGUGACAGCUUAUGAAGGUUAUCCUGUUAUACUCCACUGUGCUGCAGAGGGGCUGCCUCAACCUACCAUUAAGUGGGAUCGUAACAGUAAUCUAAGUGCUCUUCCUAGUGGCUUUGAAGUACUCUCUAAUGGAUCUCUAUGGUCAAGAGAAGUUCAUAUUUCUGAUGGAGGAAAAUACGGAUGCACUGCUGGAAAUAGUGGUGGUUUCAAGCGAGAGGAAGUAACAUUAAUUGUAGAAAGUGAGUUCACAGGAAACAUGUGGGGUAAUGAAGGUUAUCAACCUUCUGAAGGCAUAGAGCAAGGUGAAACUAUGAUGACCAAGACAGUAGGCAUCACUCUUGGAGCUGCUGCAGCAUAUAUGGUACUUGUGGUAGGGCUGAUGGCUUGGUGCAGGCAUCGCCGACGCAAACGCAAACAGGCUGGUUUGGAUGCUCCAGCUGCCGAAGGUACUCAUGCCCUGUUAGGUAAAGUCGAGAACGGGGAUGUGAUUAUGACUGAUCAUCAUGAAACAAAAGAACAUCGUAAACAUGAGAAAAAGGAAAAGAAAGAAAGGCCUCGCUCUGAUGGUGAUACUACACAAUCUCAAGGUUCAAACCACAGUAAGAAAUCUAAAACUGGAUUGGAUAGAUUAAAUUUUCCGAGGUCAGAUCUUCAUAGUUUUGUGCUUCUUGGUCGUGGACAAUUUGGAGAAAUUCAGUUAGCUCAGGCAAGAGGGAUUAAAGAGGGUUCUGAUGUUGUUGUACUUGUAAAAGCACUUCAGCCAACUAGAGAUGAUAUUAUCCUUCAAGAAUUCAAGCGAGAAAUUGAUCUCUUUACCAAACCCAGUCAUCCAAAUGUUGCAAAAUUGAUUGGUCUUUGCCGUGAUGCUGAACCAAAUUUGAUGGUUCUGGAAUACACUGACUGGGGUGAUUUGAAGCAGUUCUUGUUGGCAACUCGUGGAGGAGGAAAAGACAAAGACGCUUCUCCCCCCAGCAGCCGCCCUCGCCCUCCUCCACUCUCAGUGGCACAGAUCAUGAACAUGGCGCUACAAGUGGCACAAGGAAUGGACCAUUUGGCCGGACUGCGGCUGGUACAUAAGGAUAUGGCUGCUCGCAAUUGCCUCAUAACCAGUGGCCUAGCGGUGAAAGUGUCCUUGGUGGCCAUUAGCAAAGAUACUUACAGCAAAGAAUAUUUCUUGCAUCACAAUCAACUCAUUCCAUUACGUUGGCUGCCUGCUGAAGCAGUGUUAGAAGAUGAUUUUUCAACGAAGUCAGAUGUUUAUAUGUGGGCUGUUUUGGUGUGGGAAUUAUUUCACCAGGGAGAGCUACCUUUUGUGAAGAUGUCUGAUGAUGCUGUUCUAGCAGCAAUGAAACGUCAUGAAUUAGCCCUUAAACCACAUAAGGCUGCGCCUGAAGCACUUCAGUCUCUACUUAAUUCUUGCUGGGCUGAAAGCCCUCGUGACCGCCCAACGUUUUCUCAAGUUACAACUAGUUUGACAGAUAUAACUGGUGAAAACACCAUUUGAUCUUCUUAAUUUGUGUCUGUAUCAAUGAUACUGGAAGAUUGCUAAUUGAAUUAAGAAAGCCUUUAAGGUUUAAUUAUUUAAUUCAUGAUCUACUGAUUUGUGGCACUUGCCAUAGCCUAUUUGUCCAGAGUAUAUAACAAUAGGCUUAGGAUGAGAUUUUUGCUUGUUACUCAGUGUCGUAUAUUUAUUUCAAAAUGAAAUUACUAUCAACCAUGUUGAUAACUGUGGAAUCUAUAAUUAAGAAUUGGUGAGUUGAACACAUUGAUUGCUUUAAAGUGUUUUCUUGUCAAAUGUGUAAUAUGUAAUAGUGACUGAAUUGUAUUUCAUUCCACGUGAGGUAAUUUAAGUUUUAGUACUAUGUGUGAUGUAAGUUUUGACUUGUGCAAGAGCAGGGUGUAUGUACAUAUAAAUGAAUAUUUAUUGGUAGCUUUGCUGAGUAUUUUUGAUAUUGCUAAAGCAACUAGUGACUUUUUCUUCCCAGCUGAGCAAGUGACAUUUCCUCAGAGGCCUAAAGUCCUCCAGAUGUAUCUAGCAUUUCAUGUAAUGCAACAGAGAUAGAGGAGUAUCAUAUUUUAUAUGGUUAUUUUAAGCAUAUAUGAUGUGUAAUGAAGUACAAUUCAAAGUUUAUGUGUACAAUACAGAGUUGUAUAUUACUAUAUUUAAUUAAACUAUGCAUAUCAUAGUUUUGGAUGUGGAACUUUGUAGCAGUGUUUUUCAAUAUGUAUUCUGUAUGAGCCAGACAACUACAGAAUGUUCAUAAUUCAUAUUAUUUAUUUCAUAUUGAUUGUGAAAUUUUGUUUAUAGUACAUUUAGUAUGAUACAGAUUUCCAGGAAUUAUUACUUUGGUGAUAUAUUACUUGGUGAAUUAUUACUUUAAAGAUAAUAUUUUAAAAUUAAUGGGCUCAAUGAUUUAAAAUAACUCUACAAAGUUGUUAAAUUCUGGCCUCAUGAGGGUGUAAUACUGAAACAAAAUUAUAUUGUAGAGUAGAAUAGAUAAGAUGUUUAUGAUCAAAGGGUGAAAUGUGUCAUACAUUUAGUGUUCUCUCAAACAUAUUUAUUAUGCUUGGUGAAUGUAAUUGAACAUGAAGCAUUAGAUAAUAUUGACCCAUAAGUGAGAAUGGGGCUUAGAAAUUACUAAGGGCUUCAAGAAUUCAUUGUUUAAUGUUUGUAACAUGAUUUCAUUAUGACAAAUUUCCAUUUUUCAAUAGAAAUAUUUUCCAUACUGUUCAUUGUAGAAUUUUUCAGUUCAUUAGCAAACUAAGAGCUUCUUUCUACGAAAAUUCAUAUUAUUCAUGUGGAUACCACCUAAAUGUAAGAUUAUCAUGUGUAUUUCAUUUUCAUUAUUGAACACAUUGUUUCUCUCAUCUUCAAAACUUAGUUUGAAUAAGUACAAUAAUGUCCUAAAAAAUGUUUUUGUUAAUUGAAGUAAGGGAUCAACAUUUUUUAUACUUCUUAACCAACAAAUUUCAAAGGCCAUUAUGACGUUCAAAAUCUUGAAAAUAUCUUGUCUUGGUUCAAGAGACUUAACUACACAAGACUGAGUUUCUACAUCAUUCAUUUUUGUAUUAUCUUUAAGAUAGUUAACACAUCAGACCUGUAAAAUUUCUCAUUUAUAUAAUUAUUGAAAAUUUGCCUCAUAUUUGUUUUAGAUAAAAAUGCUAAAAUGCAUAGAACCUGUACUUUUACAGCAUUUGCAGAAUGUUGAAAAUGAUGAAGGAUUCCCAAAUUUUUACUAUAAAUUUUUAAUCUGACUGUAAACACCAGAAAAUUUGCAUUCUUAUAAACUCUUUAUUCCAUGCACAAAUUAUUAUUUAUAGUCUCCAUUUUAUAAUGAUGCAUAUUCUAAACUAGCAAAUUUUUCUAAAAAAGUCUUUCUACUCUACUUUUUUACAUACAAGAACUUUGUACAUUUUGCAUUAUUUUCUAAUAUUUCUUGUAUUUGCAUGCAUGAAUUAUCUUUCUGAAAAUGUUCAGUCAUUUGAGAUGUAUGCUUUUCUUCUGAGUUGGAUGUGUAAACAAUGUACUUUUUGUAAUGUAGUUAUUACUCCUAGUGUUAAUACAUGUCUUAUAGUGCAAGAGAUCUGAUAUCAAAGAGUGUGAGGUUGGUCAGAGGGAUAAAGUGGAAUCUCAUUUAAGCUAAAAUUAAACAUUUGUGCACUUAAUACAUUUUUAACAAUUUUACUUAAUUGACUAUGUUAGAUUUUUUCUUAAAGCUUUCUUAGUUCAUUAUAAAAGUUUAAAUCCUAUGUUUGAACUUAAUGAAAACAUUCAAAACAAUGUGUAUGAGCAAGAAAUUUUAAUUUACCUUACAAGGUUCAACUAUAGCAGUCAUAUAUUUGUCCUUGUAAUAAAAUAAUUUCACCAUGUUAAGUGCAUAACAUGUAUUAUUUGAAAAGAGAAAAAAUGUCUUAAACAUGUUCUUGCAAUAUCACUAAUUGGGGCACCCAAAGAAAACAAGAGGCCAGUAGAUCUGUAUAGGCCCCAUAUAUCAAACAAAAGUUGCACCCCUCGGUUACGUGAACAGAAUUAAUUUCUCCCUUGAACAGAAAUAGCAUGCAGUUAAUAAUCUGAAUUAGAAGUUAACACAUUUUUCAAAUUUAUUUCAAACGAAACAAAAUGUUCGCUGGCCGAAUUUAGUUGGGGUCUGGGGCAGGGUGUCUCAGCUGCUCCCUCCCCCGGGCCCUUCUGGGUGCUCCUGAUUGAGGCCCUUCUACACGGUACUUUUUCAUGCAGAUUCUCAUACAGAAACUUCAAGAUCCCAAACUAGAAUUUUGAAAGUUGUGUAUACACGACCUGCUCCAUGAUGGAAUCUUUCCUCCAUGGUCUGCACGUUACUUUGCCGUACGAUGUCUCUUAUACGUCGAUAGGGGCUCUGCCGGCACACUAAUGAAUUCCUGGAUAGCGCCGUACAAGUACAUUCAUUUUUGACAUUUGUGUACGUGCUUUCUAAACUUAUUUGUUAAUACUUUUUAAUCAAGUAUUAAUGAAACAUGGGGCGGGGGAUAGAAAGGUUGUCAUCGUCGCAACAAGCAUGGUUGUCGCUGUGAAGGCUUUAAAGUGCGCAGAGCUUUAGAGAGACCCAUGAGAUAUUCCAUCGUGAUGUUAGGCUCUGACGCACCAUGUUAUAAAACCCAAUUAUAAAUAAGUCUUAACUGCAUUUCCGAGGUGCAGUGAAUAAAUUUCACAGAAAAUCGGAGACCUCGAACCCGUCACGGCAAUACAAAAAUCUCACGAAUUGCACUUAACCACAGCCAUCCUAUACUAGUGGGAGACGACCAUGACCAUGACCAUGGCGUUUUCUAAUAGAGGAUGGCCACGACUUAUCUAAACCACAAAAUUGGAAAGAAUUGACGAUUCCCACAGUAAAGAAAGCCGUCAUACUUCGAUUAAGUCCGUUGACACUUGUCGGCUGCGAGGCUGCCAUCCAAUCGGGAGCUUCAAUGUUACUGUAGUGUUACAGCUGACUAGUGUAAACGGACUUGAUGUUUGAAUUGAAGUACAGUGAUACUUCGUACAGCCUGCCUCUAGAAGCACUGGAGCCAAACUGUACAUUUUCUGUAUAAAAAAAAUUGAACGUGCUCGGAAGUUUUCAUGUCGAAAUUGUGUAGUAUGGACACUUUGUAUACGUGCAAUCCGCACGAAAAUUCUACAGUGUAAAACGGCCUAUGAAAAUGUUUUUAAUUGUACCUUUCUCUCCUAACAAUAGGUUUGUUCCUUAAAAACACUUUCACCUUGUUCUUUGUACAAACAUAAGUGUAUUAUUUAAUUUUCUUUUCUUGUUAAAUGUUCAAAUUGAGGGAACGUUUCCCUUCUAGUCAUGUAUUAUUGUGAACUAAAAGAAAGUAUUGUAGCCUUUUGAUACACUACUUAAUAUCACCAUAUACAGACAUUUGGUGAUGAAAUAAACUCUUUGUAAGACAAGUGUAAAUAAUUUUGUAUACAUAAUUCAAUGUGUUUUUGGCUACU